AUGGGCCAAGACAAGCUCACGGGGGCCGCUGUCGCUCAGCACAACUCCAAGGAUUCGUGCUGGGUGAUUGUACAUGGCAAAGCCUACGACGUCACCGAGUUCCUCCCCGAGCAUCCCGGCGGCCAGAAGAUCAUUCUCAAGUACGCCGGCAAGGAUGCGACCGAAGAAUUCGAACCCAUCCACCCACCGGACACACUGGACAAAUAUCUAGACCAGUCAAAGCAUCUGGGUGAAGUGGAUAUGACGACCGUGGAACGGGAAGAGAAAGCCUUUGACCCUGAUGAGGCAGCGCGGCUGGAACGCAUCAAGCGGAUGCCACCUCUCGCGGCAUGCUACAACCUGAUGGAUUUUGAGGCGGUGGCGCGCCAGGUCAUGAAGAAUACGGCGUGGGCGUAUUACUCCAGCGGAGCGGACGAUGAGCUUACCAUGCGGGAAAACCACGCAGCGUUCCACAAGAUCUGGUUUCGACCGCGGGUGCUGGUGGAUGUCGAGAAUGUGGACAUGACAACAACGAUGCUGGGCAGUAAAGUCUCGAUUCCAUUCUACGUCACCGCGACUGCGCUGGGCAAGCUUGGCCACCCGGAGGGAGAAGUGGUUCUGACGAAAGCUGCGAAGCAGCACCAAGUGGUGCAGAUGAUCCCAACACUUGCAUCCUGCUCCUUCGACGAGAUUGUCGAUGCCCGGCAGGGCGACCAGGUGCAGUGGCUGCAACUCUACGUGAACAAAGACCGUGAGAUCACGCAACGAAUUGUGCAGCACGCCGAGAAGCGCGGGUGCAAGGGCUUGUUUAUCACGGUAGAUGCGCCGCAGCUCGGUCGUCGGGAAAAGGACAUGCGGUCCAAAUUUUCCGACCCCGGGUCCAACGUACAAAGCGGCGAGAGCGGGGUCGACCGGUCGCAGGGGGCGGCGCGCGCCAUCUCAUCGUUCAUUGACCCUUCCCUGUCGUGGAAGGAUAUCCCCUGGUUCCGGAGUAUCACGCGCAUGCCAAUCGUGCUCAAGGGGGUGCAGUGUGUCGAGGAUGUGCUGCGCGCCGUUGAGGCCGGUGUGGACGGUGUAGUGCUCUCGAACCAUGGCGGCCGGCAGCUCGACACUGCACGGUCAGGCAUUGAGGUGCUGGCAGAGGUGAUGCCAGCACUGCGUGAGCGCGGCUGGGAGAAACGGCUGGAGGUUUUUGUCGAUGGUGGCGUGCGCCGUGCGACUGAUAUUCUCAAGGCACUAUGCUUGGGCGCCACGGGUGUCGGCAUCGGUCGCCCUUUCCUGUACGCCAUGUCUGCCUACGGCCUAGACGGCGUCGAUCGCGCCAUGCAGCUGCUCAAGGAUGAGAUGGAGAUGAACAUGCGUCUGAUUGGCGCCACUUGCAUCGAAGACCUGAGCCCGAGUCUGCUCGAUACUCGUAGCCUGUCGGGUGGCCAUGCUGGCGCCCCCCCGUCGAUACGCUUGGCCUAG